AUGUGGACGGGACUGACUCGCUGGGGGCUCAUUCGCUGGGGGCUGAGUGCAUUCGCAGUGUGGCUGCUGUGUCGAGUAGUCUGCCACUCAGGGUGGAUUGAGGCUUCGUUGGAGGGACAGGUCGACCCGUGGGAAUGCGGAGAAUUUCCAUACGUGGUGUCCGUGCUUCGACAACGUCCGCAGUUCAGGCACGGCUGCGACGCCGUUGUGGUUAACAAGCGAUGGGUCAUCACGUCGGCGCACUGCUUGGAGGACCUGCGGGAUUCCGGGGACUCCGAUGCCAAUCCAAUCAUUCUGUUUGGAGCCUGCUACGGAAGACCUGCCGAAGUGAUGCGGACAGACUACACCGCAGUUCACCCUGAUUACACGGGCCGCUACACGCAAUCCAACGACAUCGCCUUGAUGCGGCUGGAAAAAGAUGCACCAGAUAUGCCUGGGGUCUUGCCCAGCAGAGACUUUACCACAGAUGUGUCCUCACACAAGUGGCCAACACUUGAACUCACCUGGCAGGGCUUCAUUGACUCAAUGUAUUACACCACCAUCAGUGCCAGUCAAUCAAGGUUGUACAACGCAUCGGGAGACGGCAAGCUCGCCCGUCUGGGGUCGGCGGUUGCCAUUGUCGAUUCAUCGGAUUGCCACAGCGUUAGUGGAGAGAUCUGCGUGAAAAUAAACAAGACAUGCGUUGGAAACGGUGGAGGUGUCCUGGUGCUCCGUGCAAACUCUAUAGGGCGCCACAAUGACCUGGUCGUGGGACUGGCUGCGUUUCCAAAUGAUGCAGAGGGAUGCGUAAACGCAUCCCAGCCAAGGGCCUUCACGAAGCUUUGGGAGCAGCUCGAUUGGAUGAGAGAUACAACACAGGGGCUGCUGGAGCCGGACAAGAAAGAAAUGGCGGCAAAGUUGGACACAGCCGUGUAUGCUGGAGAUUCGGAGGGUGUGAGGGCGGCCUUGAGCGCUGGUGCCGACAUCGUGGCGAGACCAUUCGGAAGCGUUUUCAAUGGCGCGGUAGCGGGGGGCAACUUGGAUAUAUGCGGCCUGCUUUUGGAUGCGGGGGCCGAUCCCAGCGAGAGCUUCUUUUUCAUUCAAAAUCCUGACAGGGAUUGGCCCCUCAAUACAGCCGUUUUUGACGGCAAUGCCGCUAUGGUGGAAUUACUCUUGGGGGCGGGGGCGGGGGGAAAAGGCUUCGACCGAUGCGUGCCCUCGAGAUUUGGGCCGUACAACAUCGGUUUUGAGGCGUGCAGUAAGUCCUAUCCGAGCCACUACGGGAAGACGGAAAGACCAAAGGAUAAAAUCGAGGCGUAUGGCAAGAUUGCGGCUGCGCUGAUGGAGGCCGGUGCAUGCGGCGGCUGUCGGGAGAAACAAGGACCUGCGUGUUUUGGUGCUUCCGGGUUUAAUGAAGAUUGUUGA